UGUCACCCUGUUAUUUACAAUAGGGCUAAUAAAUAGAACAAACAUAUUUUCACAUUCGAAUUAUAGUGUUAGCAAGAUCAACUUGGUCAAAAAUGAAACUGAGUUCAAAUUUUGUGAUUUUCGAUUUCUUUUUGAUCUCGGUUCUUUCUACUUCUGUUGUGAGUUUUUCUGUUACGAAAUACGAGUAUGUCCAGACUGAACAAAUUCACCUUUCAUAUACUGGCGACCCAUCCAGUAUGUUUGUUACUUGGACCACAUCAGUGUAUGUCGGAGAAGGCUCAGUGUCCUACACUGCUGUCAACUCAAAUGACACUUCAACUCAUGUGGUGAAUGCGACUAUGACUUCAAUGCGACACUACAGUGAUGAUGACAAUACGACAUUCAGAACAACUUAUACUUUCCGGGCUACUAUGACGGAUUUGAUACCGGAUACUUUUUAUGAAUACAGUGUACAGAAUAUUCUGAUCACGAGUGAUCAAUUCCAGUUCCGAACAUUCCCCCCUCAAAAUAGCUCCGACUUCAAACCGACUAUUGCUGUGUUCGGCGACAUGGGAGUGGAGAAUCAUGUGGCACUGGAUAAAUUGAAGCAGGACGGCCAGAAGAGGGUGUAUGACAUCAUCUGGCAUUUGGGGGAUAUUGCGUAUAACAUGCAUGAAUUGAUGGGCGCUCGAGGGGAUGCAUUCAUGCGGCUGAUCCAACCAAUAGCAGCUCACUAUCCUUACAGUGUGAUUCCUGGAAACCACGAGAGAACCAACAACUUCUCAGAGUACAGGAAUAAAUUCACCUCUCCCCCACCCAGUGUGUUCUAUCACAGUUACAACAUAGGUCCCAUCCACCUCAUCAUGUUCACAACUGAGUUCUACAUCUACGACGAGUAUGGAACUGGACAACUUCAGGCUCAAUACAACUGGCUCGUGGAGGACCUGGAGAAAGCGAACACCCCCGAAGCCAGACAGAACCAGCCUUGGAUUAUCACUACCGGACACAGACCCAUGUACUGCAGUGCCAAAGACAACGAAGACUGCGACGCCGACAACCCCAUCCGAACUGGAUACAAAAACGAGUAUUACAAAUUGGAAGAUCUAUUCUACCAAAACGGAGUCGAUAUCCAGCUAUACGGACACAAGCACAACUACGAAAGAAUGUAUCCAAUGUACAAUUACGACUGGGAGCGAGUUCAAAACUCAUCACUUUAUCUGGACCCUAAGUACCCUGUUCACGUGAUCACAGGUGCUGCCGGUAACCGGGAAAUUCACCCUCAAUUAAAGUACCCCGAACCGGAGUGGUCCUUCAUGAGGAAAAGCGAAUACGGACUAGCAUACUUGAAGGUGCUGGAUCGACUGACUCUGGAAAUCAGCCAGUACUCAAUUGAUGCGGGAAAAAACAUUGACCAGUUCAUAGUUAAGAAGAGCCAAAAUUACCCGAAUUUUGGACCAGCUGUCUGAAGAAAAACGUCAUGAUGGGUGCAUACACUUUUAUAGGC